AUGUCCCGCCGCUGCGCGCUGCUCACGCUGCUCACCGCGGCCCUCCUGCUGGCCCUGGAGGCGACCCCGAGCGACAAGGUCGAUGCCUGCUGCGGCUCCGUGGUGCCCCGGCGCGAGUGGAGGGCCUUGGCGUCCGAGUGCAGCCAGACCCUGCGGCUGCCCGCGCGCUACGUGAUCGUGUCUCACACGGCGGGCAGCACUUGCGACAGCCCGGCCCUGUGCCAGCAGCAGGCGCAGAACGUGCAGCACUACCACAUGCGGCAACGGGAAUGGUGCGACGUGGCCUACAAUGUGGCCACCCAGAGCCUCCAGCGGGCACCCCCAGCCCGGGCCCUGCGGGCAGCCCAGAACCUGCUGGCCUGUGGCGUGGCCCGAGGUGCCCUGAGCUCCCGGUACGAGGUCAAGGGGCACCGGGACGUGCAACAGACACUCUCCCCCGGAGACCAGCUCUACGCCAUCAUCCAAACCUGGCCCCGCUACCGCGGCUAGUGAGGCCCAGCACGCCUCCCGCCC